CUUAAAUCAUUUCAAUAAGAUGAAAAAUAUCAUAGCUUGCGAAAACAAGCGCUCCGCAUAUAAGCUUUAUCUAAAAUUCUGCCCACCUCGACGAUCGGUCGAGCUUGCGCAGUUUCUAUCCUAAUAUGGAUUCCCCGAGUAAUGCAUGUCUCAUGCUAAGGGUGCAGCAAUUUUAACGGAAUUUCGCGUCCGAGAGUACUCGCGAACGAUCGUUCGCCCUGUCAUUACAACGAUAGUCUCCGAUUUGCGGCUGGGUAUAACCCGUUGUCAUAUAGCUAGAACUUAGUAUAAUGUCUGAGGACUAUCAGCUUGCUUGUGCGAGGGCAGAAUUAUUGGGUUUGUCGAAGCCCAGCGAGGAGGAGUGGAAACAGACACAGGCGGAGGCGGCGCAGAACGAAAAUCGUUGCGACGAUGACGACGACAGUGCAUUACAGGAUUUGGAUUACGCGGACGAGAAGACCAGACGCGUCGGCGGUGGGCUGGACGAGCUGAACAGCAUUUUGAGUAACACGCAGAAGAAGCUCAAUAGAUUCAAGACAGUUUGCGGCAGUCUGGGAUCGUUGCUCAAAGUGAAGGUGGGCUCUCGCAGUGGUACGCCGCAUCACAAGCCCGAGGAGCCGACUCCCGAUGGCAAUCAGGAGGUCCAAAAGGAGCCAGGACCUGCAGCAGAUGAGGUGAUGAUGGUGGAAACGUCGGAUGAUAUUACCGCGGAUGCUGUGAAUAAUCCUGCGAAUAGCGGCGUCCAUCCGAAACAAAUUGAUCUCGAUCGGAAAAUGGUGUCUCAUCUGGAUAAGCUGGAUAUUCUGGUUACGAAGGCUGAAAAUGCACAAUAUAGUAUGCAACAUCAGACGAAGCAAAUGCGGAAGUUCCUGAAGAAGUAAUCGGAGCUUCCGAAAAAUCGCCACUGUGCAUCGAUUUACAAUUAACGAAAUAAAUUAUACUAAUUAACGGAUCUCGGCUGGACGAUAAAUUCGUAUAAGAUAUGAUUAUUAAUUAAAUUCUAAUUCGUAUCUUCCAUUUUAAAUAUAUAAAAAAUUCGUAUAAAAAUAUAUUUUACAAAUGUGUUAUUUGUGUAAGUAUAACCAAGAAAUUUUCCAAAAAUUUCAUGGCAUAAGUUUUACAGUUUUGUAGGGAAGGCUGCGUAAUCCUAUAAGAAAAGAUAAUAAGCAGUAAGCGUCCAGCAUAUAUACGUAAGGAUUCGAUAGAUUUACGAUUGUUAAAUUGCGUGUAUAAAGUUCAAUUGUUGCAUCAUAUAUUGAUAUUUUUCUCGUGAUAUAUUUUUGAUCUUGUAAUUGUUAUUGAUUCUUUCAUAUAUUGCGCGACGUUCUCUUUGUCGCUGAAAGCCCAAUAUAUUGUUACGAUAAUACAUAUAUUAUGAAAUGUAUAUACACGAAUAUUGUUGACAAAUUUAGCAUUGUUAUGUAGACACGAAUGUAUUUCUGGCAAUCAAGGCUUUGCGCUUACAUCUUUGACAAUAUCGACAUAUCAGAUGUGAAAAAUGCAUGUUGGCGAACCGAAUGAGCCGGUGAUAAACUUUCCUACUAUGCAAAUAAUGUGAUAUUGUUUUACAUCGAUUUAGAGAUAUUAUAAUCUUCUAGCAACCGUAUAUAUAUAUAUUUUAUCAUCAAAUAUAUAUAGUUUACGCUCUAUUUUUCUAGAUCUAAGUUCUAAUGCCGCGUAAUAAUAAGUGAACAGCGGAUACAUUUUAUUAUCGAAUAGUUUUGUCUUAUUCUGUUUGUGUUUUUAAGUUUUUAGCGACAUAUAAUAUACAUAUAUAUAUUUAUGUUUAUAUAUAUAUAUAUAUAUAUAUAUAUAUAUAUAUAUAUAUAUAUAUAUAUAUAUAUAUAUAUA